AGCUGGCCGCGCGACCGGAAGCGGGCGGCGACCCCGGAAGUCCCCGCUGGGCGGAGCUGGCCGCUGCGAUCGCGUCCCCUGCGCCGCUCCGAGGGCCGCCGCCGCCGGACUGACCAUGGACGAUACGCUGUUCCAGCUGAAGUUCACAGCAAAGCAGCUGGAGAAGCUGGCCAAGAAGGCGGAGAAGGACGCCAAGGCUGAGCAGGCCAGGGUGAAGAAGGCCCUGCAGCAGAAAAAUGUGGAGUGCGCCCGUGUGUAUGCUGAGAACGCCAUCCGCAAAAAGAACGAAGGCGUGAACUGGCUCCGCAUGGCGUCCCGGGUGGACGCUGUGGCCUCCAAGGUGCAGACGGCUGUGACCAUGAAGGGGGUGACCAAGAACAUGGCACAGGUGACCAAAGCCCUGGAUAAGGCCCUGAGCACCAUGGACCUGCAGAAGGUCUCUGCCGUGAUGGACAGGUUCGAGCAGCAGGUGCAGAACCUGGAUGUGCACACGUCGGUGAUGGAGGACUCCAUGAGCUCGGCCACCACGCUGACCACGCCUCAGGAGCAGGUCGACAGCCUCAUUGUGCAGAUUGCCGAGGAGAACGGGCUGGAAGUCCUGGACCAGCUCAGCCAGCUGCCCGAGGGCGCCGCUGCCGUGGGGGAGAGCUCCACGCGCAGCCAGGAGGACCAGCUGUCGCGGAGGUUGGCCGCCUUGAGGAAUUAGCCAGGCCCUCCUGGUGCACCGCCCGCUGCUCCCCACUGCGUCUUGCCUUUCUGCUGAGCGACAGCCCCGCCUCUCAGCUGGUGUCACCUGCCAGGCCUCCACGGCCUUGGAACCCUCCUGUUCUCUGCGGCCGGGCGGUGCGUCUUCGCCAGUGCUGUUUGCACAGUCAUGUGGGGUGACUGUGUGACUCUGGGCCAGCCACAGGGACACUGGUAGGGCUCCCCUCUGCCUCCUGGGAACUUCAGCCUCGCACCGUGGGGCUCUCCGAGUGCGUGGGACAGCAGACCUGCUGCCUGCCGCCAGGCAGCUCCCAGAGGCCUCUCCUGCCCCUGAGGCGGACAGAGCCCCUGUCUUGUGCACAGACAUGGCCCUGAGGUGGUGCCAGUGGCCUGUGUGUGAGCCGGGGCAUUCUGGGGCCUGGCAGAGGGUGGCCCCUCGUCCAUCAUUCCAGGGAUGGGGCCUGGGCCACCACUGCAGCUGGGCCUCACCCGGCCUCCUGCCCUUGGCUCUCCUGGUCCUCCAGGGUGUCCAGGCCACAGUGGCAGGCCCGCCAUCCACCUCCAGGCCCUUGCGCUGAGGCUGCCUCUGCAGGUGCCUGGAGCCCCGGCCUCUCUGUCCAAACAGCAGUAGUGCCACACCUUUCCCUGGGGCUCUUCACGCCUCGGGGUGAUGCCACCUGUGGUCACCCGCUCGGAUCACUACAGAUAACGUGGGUGCCGCCCUUCCUGCCCUCUGACCAGAGUGGCUGGUGAAGGGGGCGUCGGCUUGGCCAGCAGUGGCAGCUCUGAGGAUGACGCGCUGCCGUGUCCUGCGCGAGAAGCCUGGGCCGCUCACUGGCACUUGCUGGGAUGACUUGAGGGCUUCGGGCAGAGGCUGCUGUCUCUUCUGUUUCCUAAAGUUUACUUCGUGACUUUUUUUUUUUUUGCCAAGUAGAAAGCAGACUGCGCAUGGGGUGUUGGGUCCGAGCCCCCUCGCUGUGACCAGUGCUUUCCGCGCUGCUACAGACGGAGGCUGACUUUCGCUGCGCUGUAGUCAGACCCUUACCUGGCCACUGUGUCCAGUCCUCCCGGAUCUGGACUUGGGGGCCCUGGGGUUUGCAGUAGGGAGCUCACGUUGAGGGCGAGGGCAGCAUGCGUGGGGCCUGGAGUUGGGGAUCCAGGCAGGGUCAGGCCAUGGGCUCCCCCAAGUUAACCCUCUGCUGAGUGUGAAGGGGGUGCUGAUGUCUCCUGUUCUCAGGGAGCUUCCUCGGCCCCCUGGGCACAGAGUGCAGUGCAGAGGAGCCAGGGCCCAGGCCAGCUCCGGCAGGGAGAAGGGCACGACUUCCCAUUUGUUCAACACUGCUGGAGUAAACGGAUGGACCCCUGAAAA